CGGCCGUUGCGCCGCCCCCGAGCUGCUCCCGGGCCCUCGGCCCCGCCCCCUCUUUUAUUCGGGUGCUGAGGACGGGAGCUGAAACUUUGCAGCCCGAGCGCGCACGCUCUGCGCUCCUCCCCGCCGGCCGUGCAGGAGGUGGGGCCGCGGGCCGGGAGACUCGGGGCGCGGUGCGCGCGCGGAGCCCGCGCUCCCGGCGGCGGCCCGCGGAGGAGGCGGAGGAACCGCAGCUGGACGGGGGCAGCUGGAGGAGCAGCCGCACAGCUGUCCCGUGUGCGGGCGGCCGGCCAGGAUGACCCGCUGACCGCGGCCAUGCAGCCUUGACGGAGUGACCCGCGCUUGACCGCCGCCUCCCUAGCCCAGCGGGAAGCGACGCCGUUUACCAUGGAACCCGUGACCAAGUGGACCCCCAAACAAGUCGUGGACUGGACUCGAGGCUUAGAUGACUGCCUGCAGCCGUAUGUCCACAAGUUUGAGCGGGAGAAGAUAGAUGGGGAGCAGCUGCUGCGGAUUUCCCACCAGGAUCUGGAGGAGCUGGGAGUCACACGAAUUGGACACCAGGAGCUGGUGUUGGAGGCUGUUGACCUUCUGUGUGCACUGAAUUAUGGCCUUGAGACUGAUAAUAUGAAGAAUUUGGUUUUGAAACUGCGGGCGUCUUCCAAUAAUUUACAGAAUCACAUAAGUAGCCGGCGGAAAAGUCCAGCUUAUGAUGGGAACACGUCCCAUAAGCCGCCCAAUGAGCUCCUAACUUCGGUGGUGGAGCUCAUAGGCGCUGCCAAGGCUUUGCUGGCUUGGCUGGAUAGGGCUCCAUUUACAGGGAUCACUGACUUCUCAGUCACGAAGAACAAAAUCAUUCAGCUUUGCUUAGACCUGACUACUACAGUCCAGAAGGAUUGCCUUGUAGCAGAAAUGGAGGAUAAAGUUUUAUCUGUAGUCAAAGUUUUAAAUGGCAUCUGUGACAAAACAAUUCGAUCUGCCACCGACCCUGUUAUGAGCCAGUGCGCAUGCCUGGAGGAGGUUCACUUACCCAACGUUAAACCUGGGGAAGGCUUGGGCAUGUACAUCAAAUCAACGUACGACGGGUUGCACGUGAUUACUGGAACUACGGAAAAUUCUCCUGCAGACAGGUCUCAGAAAAUUCAUGCUGGUGAUGAAGUCAUCCAAGUUAACCGGCAAACUGUGGUGGGAUGGCAGCUAAAAAACCUGGUGAGGAAAUUGAGAGAGAAUCCCACUGGAGUUGUGUUACUGCUGAAGAAGAGGCCUACAGGUUCAUUCAACUUCACUCCCGCCCCUCUGAAGAACUUGAGGUGGAAGCCACCUCUUGUGCAGAGUUCACCCCCACCCGUGACAACCAAGUCUCCCGAAAGCACCAUGGAUGCCUCUCUGAAGAAGGAGAAGCCGGCCAUCCUGGAUCUGUACAUUCCUCCUCCGCCCACGGUUCCCUACUCUCCCCGGGACGAAAACGGGAGUUUUGUUUAUGGAGGAUUCAGUAAGUGUAAACAACCACUGCCUAGGCCUAAGGGUUCAGAGUCUCCAAAUUCCUUCUUGGAUCAGGAGAGCCGAAGACGAAGAUUCACCAUUGCAGAUUCUGAUCAGUUGCCGGGGUAUUCAGUGGAAACCAGUGUUCUGCCCACAAAAAUGAGAGAGAAAACACCAUCUUAUGGCAAGCCGCGACCUUUGUCCAUGCCCGCAGACGGGAACUGGAUGGGGAUUGUGGACCCUUUUGCCAGACCUAGAGGUCAUGGGAGGAAAGGGGAGGAUGCCCUUUGCCGAUACUUCAGUAAUGAGCGGAUCCCACCGAUUAUCGAGGAGAACGCUUCUGCCGUGUACAGGUUCUCCCGGCCCGCAACUGAGCGGCAGUUGGUGCGUGGUGCAGACUACAUCCGUGGGAGCAGGUGCUACAUCAACGCAGACCUGCACAGCAGCGCCACCAUCCCGUUUCCAGAGGAAGGGUCCAAGAAGAAGGCUGCCUCUGCAGAGCCGUCCCUGCUGGUCAGCUGGCUCACGCGCCUGAAGCUGUUGACUCACUGAGGCCGCCCUUGGGCCAGCGGGCCCUGCUCCAAAGGGGCUCCAAAGUGCCUUGUCCCCGGGGACAGUCUCUCCCGCUACACCGCAGGCUUCCCCAGUGACCUUGCAUCAUUUCCUUUGUAUUUCCUAAAAAGUUGUAUAUUGCCCUUCUUGGACCUUCAUGGAUUGGGUGGCAGCAGACCCAGGGGAUCUUAGGGGCCACUCGUGGAGACAGGAGGAGGACAUGGUCCCACCCCUUCCAGGAUGGCACACAGAGGCGCUUCUACACAUUGGGUGUUGGCGAGACGCGGUGGUCAUUCUCCGGAGUUGGCAACAUCUGCUGCUGUUUUCUUGGGUGAGGGGCUCAGUUGGGUGGCUCUUGUCAUACAGAUGUGUGGCUUGUGGUCCACCUUCUUUAUCUGGAAAAGCCAGUUGGGAGAAAGGAUUUUUGUCUCGAUUUUUAAAGUGUACGUACCAUUAUUUGUAAGCAUAGCAGCUUCGGCGGUGAAAGAACACGUGGCAAGUGUGUGCUCUUCCGAGCAGAGGUUUAGGCAUGGAUCUGUUACAUGUGGUUAAUCCCCUUGCUCAUAAGCUCGGCCUGCGUCUGUUAGUACAGAGGCAUGGGGGCACGUGAGGAUAUGAAAGCAGCGUCUGGUUAUUCGUGAGAGGAAUUGUCGCAGUCGUUACAUAUUAUUGUCUGUAAGGGAAAAGAAGCUGUAAGAUUUGCUGAAAGCCAAAGUAUCAUUCAGGAAAGUUAAAGCAACAGGAUUUGCGUUUGUGAAAGACAUAUCAGUUUGCAUUUGUGACCUAUUUGAUGUCUGUCUUCUGGAAAGAACCACAGUUCUUUGAAAUUAGACACAUUUUGCUAACUAGAAAUAUCUUGGAAAGCCCGUGGUCACUAACUUUCAACUAGCUUCAGGUAUUUUGAAAAAAUGCAUCUGAAUAUUAACUCUUGUUUAAACUGAAUGUAUGAUAUUUUGUUAGAAUGGAAAAGUACUAUCUUGUUAAUUUAAGUGUUUUAAAUAUAGUUGUAUAUUUUUCUUACUCUUAGUCACAUGUAAUUGAAAUAUUUCUGUCUUGCGUCAUUCAUGAAACUGAGUGUUGAAGGUGUUUUCAGAUUUACAAAUGACCAGCCUGGUUGUUGCCAGUUUGGGCACUAAUAUUAAAAAAUACAAUAAAACCUCCCGGGCAUUUUGGGAUUUUAUGAAUUAGUAGUGGAGGAGCUGGAGGAACAUAUAUAAAGUAAAAUUAUAACAGGGGAGUUCUCCAAGGUUUAUUCCUAGGCGUAGCUGGUGUCCCCUACCUCAAAUACAUUCCCUCACACUGUGGAAUUGUUUGCUGUACUGACUUGCCUGAAAUUUAGCCCAUGAGAAAUUCACACCAGUUAGUAAAACUCUUUCCUCAGAAAUGCCUCUACUGUAGUGAGGUUACAGGAACCAGUGGCAUCUCAUGUGAGUGUGACUGAAGUCACAGGGUCUCUUUUCCUGUCAGCCUCUGAGGGAGCUUCAGGAAGGUAGCGUAUUGCAUGGGGGACCCAGUGUGCUAUGCAGAUUGGAUAAGAAGAUCUUGAAGGCUAGAUUCACUGCGUGCCUCGUAUGUGGCAGGGCAGAGUGUACUCCCAGGACACGGGUGGCGAGAAGGGAGCUGUGUAAAAGAGAGCCAGGCUUGCCAGUUUUACCAUGCACUGAGCUGGCUCUUUGCCCAGGAAGUGGAGUGGCCCUGAUUCCUUUUGCUCCCGGAUUUAGAGGAGCGCUCUUGUGUUAUAGGUCCACUACUUAAUGAUUUAAAGAGCUUUGGAGGUCUUAUCUGGCCUGGUGGUCCCUUGUCUGUGGGAGAAAUACCACUUGUAAACUGAAGCUGAACUGUCAGUACUCACUUUUCACUCUGUACAAAUCAUAUUUCUCAGACCAUUCCUGAAGCCCCAUGGGGAGGUCAGAGACAGUUCUGACUUCAUCUACCUAUAGUUAGUCACCAUGUUUUGUUUUUAUUUGUAUUUUUAUCUGGGAUUCUCUCCUGAAUUCUGUUGGAGAGAUAUCUUGCUGCUAAAAAAAAUUCUGUACAACUCUAGUUUUGAAAUAUAUAAAUAAUAGUUAA